AUGUUCGACGAGGCGCAGAAAACACCUGAAUCAGAAAAUGCUAUGUUAGCGGAGUAAGCAUUUAUACUAAAAAGACACACGCGCACGCCUUUCGUCAUAGUAAAUCGAUAGAAUUAUUUUUUUUCUUUUAUCGAUCGCAUAAAUUAACGACCAAUUCAAAUCGCUUUUGAAUUUUAUUUUAAAAAUAUACAAGAGUAAUUUCUCUUGUAAAUUAAUAAACAACAAUAAGAUUAAUAAAAAAAAAAAUCAAAAUCAGUAUUGAGUUACCAUUAAGUAAUAGAUUAUUAAUAGGGGAGUUAAGCAUAUAACUGAAGAAAAAUGAGUUAUGUGAAAUAAAUAGAAGUCUCUAAGACCAAACAUAGAUAAUUCUUUAUUUUCGAUAAAAAUAAUAUAAAAGAAGAAUGAUAGUUUAAUGUGAAAAAAAAUACCUAUGUGUCUUUUACUAGAUUUAUAUGAGUGAGAAUAAUAUUAUUUAGACCAUAAUCAAGUUUGUGAGUUUCUUGGAAAAAGUAAUAUUGUUUGACAUUUAUUAAUAUAUUUAAGAAAAGAUCAUUAUGUAUGCACCAGUUAUUAAAGCUUAUUAAAUCAUUCUGGAGAUCCAGGUUAUUUCUGGCUAUCAAAUUAAUAAAUUUAAUGUGGGCGUUAACCGCCAGCCAAAGUCAGUGAGCCGCGAUAAAUUAUAAAUUGUACCUAUAACUCGGACCGGUUUUACUUCUGGCACAUUUCACGGGAAAACAUAACAUAAUCAAUUAAUAUAGUUAUUGAGUUAACUAAAAACUAAAACUUGUUUAAAUGAAGCCUUUUUAUGUUAUGUUUACAUAGAGAAACAAAUACACCUUGUGUGUGCAUUGAAAUAAAUACUAAUAUUUAGAUUCUUAAAUAGAAUAUAUGUAAUAAGAAAAUUAUUUCGGUUUACUAAAUUCCUAAAACAGCUUUAGAAUAAAAUUGACAAAAAUAUAAAUUAUAACGAUAACACAAUUAUUGUCAGCAAAUAAAUACGAACUUAAAAUUAUUUUAGAAACGAUAAUAAUCGUGCAACCAAUGAAUUCGAGGAUGAACUCGAAGAAGGGGAGAUAGUUGACGAUGAAGACGAUGUUGAAUGUACGGAUAAAGUUGUAGAAUCGACUGUGCCGAAUAAUGAAACCCAAGUACAAUAUGCGAAAAAUCAUGUCCGGGAAUACUUUGAAUCUUCAUGGGAAAUCGUAAUAAUUAUAUAACAACAAUUAAAUUAAAUUGCCACCUUAUUAUAUAAGUAAUAUCGGUACAAUUUUAUGUAUAUCGUAUAUUAUAAUAUUAGGAACGCGGUCAUCGUCGAAUUUCGCACAACCCGUGGUCAAACCAAGGAUUUCCGGAAUAUUAUGAUUGGCCCAGAGAUGACGACUUGACUGUAAAUAAUAACUGGAUGAAAAAAAAAGCCAGUUAUUCGUUAAAUGACGACGAUAAUCUGCAUUCUCAUAAGAAACUCAGAUUGGGUACAUGCCUAAUAAUAAUUAUUAAAAACUGCCCGUUCCUUUAGUUUUAAAUGUAAAUCGAUACAGAAUACGUUCGUUUUGAAUUGUUCACGCGGUGUCUUGUAAAUUCUAUACCAAAGGCGUCAUUUGAGAUAUUUAUCAAUAUUGCAUUUUUGCUCGACUAUAAUUUUUCUGCGCCGACAGGAAAAAUAUUAUUAUUUUUUUUUUUUAAAUCGGUCUUAAUCAAGGUCGAUAACUAAAUAGUAAAAUUUAUAUUGACCCGCUGGAAUUUUGUUCGGCCUGCCUAGGUAAUUGUUAACAUACAUAGGUACCUUUUAAAAAGUCGAAAUGACGCCAUUGUCCUAUACGUAGUUUUAUACUUUUACGCGUCGACAUUUGUUUAUAUACGGCCGUGUUGGGCGUUUAUAUUAAAUAGGAAAUGGUGGAGAAGAAUCCGACGCAAACACAGACAGCCGUUAUCGUAUUAAUAUGUGCGACGGUGCAGACGACCGCCGGUGUAGCUAUAACAGACCUACGGUGUACGGGAAACGGCAAACCGGUGUAGUAGUUGCACCAACGCGCAACGACCGAACGACUGCGGAACCGUGCAAACGUUACCACGCCGGCAUGAGAUGUUACUUGGGAUCGAACUGUCGGUUAAGUCACGCCGAGCUCGGCGUAAAACAAAAAUGCUUAUUGUUAGAGGUAGAAUUUUUUUUUUUUUUUUUUUUUCUAAACAGCGUUGUAUUAUUGUUUUAACGCGAUUAUUUUUUGCUAUAGUCUUUUGGACAAACGCGGCGUUACGACGCGGGCCCGUCGAAAUACCGCGGACGUCGAGAAUUCACGGUACGACAUUAUUAUUUUGUAUAUAUUUCUUAAAUUCGUACUGUGUAUUAUGGACUAGUUAACAUGUAUUAUUAUUACGUUGAUAUGCGUUUUAUCGUUUUGUAGAACAAUUAUUUUAAAAAGAACGACAUUCCGUCGUUAUUGGAUAUGAAAAUCCCGAUUCCGCCGGAAUUAAAAAGUACGUCUAUUGAAAAAAAUAAAAAUUCCGACGAAAAUCUAAACAGUUAAAAAUUACUAUUUGUGUAAGUAAUUAUCAUAUUAUUAUUUAUUCGUUUAUUCGUACAGAAACUUAUAACGACAGAGAUACCAAUUAUCGCGGUAUUACACAAACAAAAUCGACUGCCCGACCUAAUGAAAAGUGUACGGUUGAUGAUAGUUUGUGAGUAUACGCAAUUUUCGAUUGAAUAAUUUAAAUAAUAUUGUAAGCGCGUUAAUGUUCAAUCGAUAGUACUGUUCAUACAAUUUUUUUCAAAUUAUUGUUAAGUAUACGUAAUUUCUGUACGUAUGAUAUAUUACGACGCUACAAUGAUUGAUAUACGAACAUUUUUUUUUUUUUAAAUUCUCCAGUUGGAAAACAAUUAAUUGAACUGAAAUCUUUAAUAGAUAUACAAUAUAACUGUUAUUAAUAUGUUAUGUAUUUAUUGUCGCCAUGGCGAAACUAUAACAGGAUAGUAAAAAUACGAGAUAAUGAAGUUAAAAAUGUAGAAGAAAAACGAAUGGACCACAUAAAAGAAGAUGUUAAACCCACACAUACUGCAGUAUGUUCAUAUGAACCAUUAAUAUACGAUUAUAAUGAAUGGAGUGACGAGGACAACUCAGAUAGUAAGUCAAAAUAUACAUUCAAUGACUUAUUUUGAAUUUACAACAAAUUAGUUUUAAUGGUGCCAUAGGUAUGAUUUUAAUUCUAUGACUACAAUAAUGUUCAAUGACGAAUAACUGGUUUUUCGGAUGAAAUUAUCAUUUUAAUUCAUUGUUUUAAGCACUUCUUGGGCACAUUAUGAUUUUUUUUUUUUUAUUUAAUUUUCAAUAAAUUGUAGGUAUACUGUUUAAUGAAUCAUUUUUGAAAAUCUUUAAAUUUCUUUAUCAAUUUAGAUAUUAUCACUCAUUCAUUCAUUACAGAAUUGUUACAUAUUUCAAGUUAUAUUUUUCGAUUUUUAUUAAAUUAACAAUUCCUCACUAUUAAUAGACAUUAGAAAUCAUUUGUAAUCUAGUAGGUAAAAAAGAAAUUUGUUUAUUGUAAUAAUUUCUGUGGUUUUUGUUUUUUAGGACUUGUUAUUGAUGAAAAUUAA